CCUUCCAAGGGAUCUUGUUUCUCUCUCUCCCCGUAUUGUUAAGCACCGCUUCUCAAUUUAAUCCGUCGUUGCAACGUGCGUUCACCCCCUUCCUGGCUCCGCCUUCCGACUUCUUAUCGCUCGUGUGACGUUGCGGCGUCAACAUGGCGUCCCGUUUUUGGACUCAAAACAGUGAUAGCGAAAGUGAGGAGGAGGAGGUGUCUGACUUCGAAGAUGAUAUCCCCAUUGGUGGUGGUGAAGGAGGAGGUGCUGCUGCCUCCAAGUACCUCCAGGCUGACUCGGACAGCGAUGAAUCCGACGAUGGGGGUCCUCGGAUGGUUCGUUCUGCCAAGGAUAAGCGAUUUGACGAGCUGGCGCACACCACAGAGCAGAUGAAGAAUUACAUGAAUAUCAAUGAUUGGGUACAGCUGCAAGAAAGUUUUGAACGAUUGAAUAAGCAGUUGGAGAAGGUGAAUCGUGUGAUGGAGUCUGUGACUGCUCCCCGAAUUUACAUCAAGGCUCUUGUGAUGCUUGAGGAUUUUUUGAACACUACUCUAUUGAACAAGGAUGUCAAGAAGAAGAUGAGCCCCAGCAAUGCUAAGUCAUUGAAUUAUAUGAAGCAGAAGUUGAAGAAGAACAACAAAUUGUAUGAAGUUGAUAUUGAGAAAUUUAGGGCAAACCCUGAAUCAGAGGUGGAGGAAGAGGUAGAUGAUGACGAGGAUGCGGAAUCCGCUGAUGGAUUCAGCGAUGAUGACAUUGUGGAACGCACAAUGAACUCGGAUGAAGAGGACGAGGACCAGGAGGACGAUGGAGGGGGCUGGACGUCUGCUGAAAAGAAGCCGAAAGAGAUGUUCCCGAAGCUAGAUCCCGGUCAGAUUUCAUGGGAGAUGGUGGACAAGAAGCUGAAGGAAGUCAUCUUAGCUCGUGGACGCAAGGGUACAGACCGUGCCGAGCAGGUGGAGCAGUUAUCUUACCUUGCUAGGUGUGCGAAGACGCCUGCUCAAAAGCUGGAGGUGAUGGUGCACGUAGUGUCCGCGCAGUUUGACGUAAACCCGAGCUUGAACUCACACAUGCCAAUUGCUGUAUGGAAGAAGUGCGUGCAGAACGUGCUGGUGAUUUUGGACAUUCUUGCCCAAUAUCCGAACAUUGUAAUGGACGAGUCUUCGGAACCAGAGGUUGAGAACGAAACAGAGAAAGGAGCAGACCACGAUGGACCCAUUCACGUGUGGGGUAAUGUGGUUGCGCUUUUGGAGCGGAUAGAUGACGAGUUGUUCAAGAGUCUGCAGUGCAUCGACCCACACACGAAGGAUUACGUAGAGCGCCUGCGGGACGAGCCCUUGUUUAUGACGUUAGCCCAGAACGUGCAGGCAUAUGUGGAGAGACUAGGUGACAUGAAAGCAGCCGCUCGUGUUGCUCUUAGGCGGGUGGAGCAUGUGUACUACAAGCCGCAGGAGGUAUAUGAGGCGAUGAGGAAGCUUUCGGAGUUGCAAGGCCGCUCAGGUGGCGCAGCUGUGGAGAGUGCAGCAGAUGAGGAGGGUGAGGAUAAAGAUUCAGAAAUCACGGCCAAGGUAGUAACAGAGGCGAAGGGUCCUGUUUCUUUCGUGAUAACUCCAGAAAUCGUCCCCCGCAGGCCCUCGUUUCCGAGCGUUAACAGGAAGCUGAUGGACCAGCUGGUGACGUUGAUUUACAAGCACGGAGAUGAGCGGACGAAGGCUCGGGCGAUGCUGUGCGAUAUUUAUCAGCAUGCUAUUUCUGACGAGUUUUACACCGCACGGGACCUGCUGUUGAUGAGCCAUUUGCAGGAGUCGGUGAUGAACAUGGACAUUUCUACGCAAAUUCUAUUCAACAGAACGAUGGCGCAGCUAGGUUUGUGCGCAUUUCGCCAGUCGUUGGUGACUGAGGCACAUAAUUGUCUCUCGGAACUGUAUGCCGGGGGUCGGGUGAAGGAGUUGUUGGCGCAGGGGGUGCAGCAGAGUCGUUACCACGAGAAGAAUCCUGAGCAGGAGAAGCUGGAGAGGAGGCGUCAGAUGCCGUUUCAUAUGCACAUCAAUCUUGAGCUCUUGGAGGCAGUGCAUCUGAUCACUGCAAUGUUAUUGGAGGUGCCGAACAUGGCCUCAAGCAUGCAUGACAUGAAGCGCAAGGUGAUCAGCAAGCCAUUCCGGAGGCUGCUGGACAUCAAUGAUAAGCAGAUGUUCACGGGACCCCCUGAGAACGUGCGUGACCACGUGAUGGCAGCAACGCGGUCAUUGAGCAAAGGGGAGUGGAGGAAGGCCGUAGCAGUGAUCCAGAGCAUGGACGUCUGGAAGCUACUGGGACAGCGGGAGGCUAUCAUGGAGAUGUUGCAGUGCAAAAUGCAAGAGGAGUCUCUGCGGACGUACAUAUUCACGUACUCCCCUUACUUCGAUUCAUUCAGCCUGGACCAGCUGAUGGUGAUCUUUGGAUUGUCGGAGGCUCAGGUGCAUAGCAUUGUGAGCAAGAUGAUCAUCGCAGAGGAGCUGCACGCGAGCUGGGAUCAACCCACGCGGUGCAUAGUGACUCAUAACGUAGAACCCACUCGGCUGCAGGCAUUGGCCUCUCAGUUUGCUGAGAAGUUGCAUGUGCUCGUGGAGAGUAAUGAGAAGGCUUUUGACGCCCGUACGGGCGGCGGUGGCUUGGAGUCCAUGGGACGACGCAACAAGGAUGGCCAGGACUACGCCGAUGCCGUUGGUGGCAGACGUGGGGGAGAUUUUGGAGGAGGCCGUGGUAGUUUUAGGAGCAGCCGAGGCGGUCGACGUGACAAUCAAGGCGGCGGUCGGGGCGGUCGAGACAACCAGGGGGGUUACAGCAACUACAAUCGUGGUAACCAAGGAGGGCGGAACUACAACACUGGCUACCAGAGCACACGUUACCAGGAUGCGUACAGUAGUGUGGGCCGAACACCUUACCAAACAGGGCCAACAUCUGGGGGUAUCAACCGGGGAGUUCAACAAGCAGACGCUGCUGGUCGUAUGGUUAGUUUGUCAAGGGUAGGUGAUAGCCGCUUCUGAUAGUUGUAAUUUUAUAGUUGACUGAAUACCUUUCAUGUACUAUCAUUAGUUUCAGAUGAGUUUGCUACACGCAUUAGUGUUUAUCCGUUUCUAGAUUCGGAGAGCCUGUUAAUUUCCACAUCAUUAGCUUGGCAUAUAUCACAUUCUGUGAUGUCAUUUUUGGUAAGACAUUUGUGGAAAAGUCUUUAAUGGCAAGCCUGAAUUCCAUUAUCUCUA